AAUUUGAAGCUCACCAAAUCUAAUGGUGAGUUGAUUGCUGAUCUUAGUGUAUAUAGAAGACUGGGAUUAUUCUUCGAGAAGGAUUCUGAUACUCAACUUAAAGGUUUUUGUGAUGCGGACUGGGCGGCAUGCUUAGAUAUUCGAAGAUCCAUUGCGGGGUAUUGUGUGUUUCUAGGAAAUUCCCUAAUCUCAUGGUGUUCAAAAAAGCAAAGUACUGUGUCUAGGUCAUCAACAGAAGCUGAAUAUAGGGCUAUGGCAGCUGUUGUAUAUGAGCUAACGUGGCUUCAAUAUAUACUACCAUUUGGGAAUUGA